UUAAACUUUGUGGUUAACUUGAAUUGUGUCAGUAGAUGAGCAUGUUAAAAAGUCAGUCUUGUUAGCAUAAUUAGUAUGAUAAUUUCAGCUUCAGUGAUGUGCGUUUUUUUUCUUUCUUUCUUUCUUUCUUUAAAUAAAGCAACAUUUUUACUUUGUGAACACAUGAUUUACUGACCACGAGGGGGCAGAUUUUAUUCUGGCGCUCCUCAUUAAUUCCCUCAAGAACUUGAGGAGAAACUAGAGGAGCAGAACUUGAUGAGAUGAUCAGACUGAAGCUCUCGCUCAUCCGCAGCACAUCAUUUCAUCAUCUAGAUCUGUUCGUCAGACUCUCGUCAUGUUGAGACUUUUAUUUGCUCUUACUCUAAUUGUUGCCUCAGUUCAGGCGGAUAAACGCGCGGUGGAGAUGAAGAUGAGCCUGAUGGAGCCUUCAUCAUCCUCGUCGCUGGAGUUCUCCGCGAGCGCGAACCCCACAGCGGUCCAUCGCAGUGAUGAUGAAGAUGAUGAUGAAGAUGUGCGGAGCCGCGCGCAUCAUCACGCACCGCGAGUUCCUCGCGGGUCCAAAUCCAAACAGCGAGACCGACACGCGCGCCCUCAUCCCGACCCGGACGCGUUCUUCACCACACCGCGAACGUUCAACGGCUCGCUGCGCGUUCACAACCCGCUGUACCCGCUCACGGAGGAGUCGUACAGCGCGUACGCCGUCAUGCUGCUGUCGCUCAUCGUGUUCUCAGUGGGCAUUGUGGGUAACCUGGCGCUCAUGUGUAUCGUGUGGCACAAUUAUUACCUGAAGAGCACGUGGAACUGCGCGCUGGCCAGCCUGGCCUUCUGGGACUUCAUGGUCCUGUUCUUCUGCCUGCCUGUGGUGAUCCUCAACGAGCUGACCAAGAGAAGACUGAUGGGAGAUCUGUCCUGCAGGAUAGUGCCAUAUGUGGAGGUGACGUCACUGGGCGUGACCACCUUCACUCUGUGCGCGCUCAGCAUCGAUCGCUUCCACGCAGUGACCAGCGUUCAGGCGCGGCCGCGGCAGGUCGAGUCCUGUCAGUCCAUCCUGGCCAAGCUGUCGGUCAUCUGGGUGGGAUCUCUGGUCCUGGCCGCCCCGGAGCUGCUGAUGUGGCGGCUGGAGCAGGAAGUGUCUCCGCGGACGGGUCUGCCGGUGGACUCGUGUAGCCAGCAGCCAUCCGCGGCGCUGCCCGAGACGCUGUACUCGCUGGUGCUGACGUACCACCAGUCCAGAAUGUGGUGGACCUUCGGGUGCUUCUUCUGCCUGCCACUGUUGUUCACAGGCGCAUGUCAGCUGCUCACGCGGCACGUCGCUGAUGAGAAACGGCCGUCCUCCGCGUCGUCCUCCGCGUCUUCGUCUCCGAAAAAGCAGCGACGAGAGCGUCAGCUGACCCGUACGGUGGUGGCGUUGGCGUCCAUAUACGCCGUGUGCAGUUUGCCGGAAAACGCCUGGAAUAUUGUGCUGGCGUAUGCGGGCGUGGAGGUGGGCGUGGCCACGCGGGCUUUGCUGGCUCUGAUUGGUCAGUUCCUGAUGUUCGUGCGGGCGGGGGCAACGCCUGUCCUGCUGCUCUGCCUCUGUCGCGCUCUGGGCCAGGCGUUCAUGGACUGCUGCUGCUGCUGCUGCGACGAGUGUCUGCCGGAUCCCUCCUCGUCCUCCACGUCCUCGUCUUCCUCCACCAACGCCACGGCCGUCUCCUCGUCCCUGUCCUCGCCCGUCUCCGUCCAGGAGGACAAGCUGAAGAUUGUGUCGGGAACGUCGCCCGUGGCGUUCUUUGAUAAAGUCAAGGAAAGUCCACCCGAGCUGAUCAUCGGAACGCCAUGUUGAUCUUCAACGUUCUUCUGUUUUAUAAAAACUGUGAAUGAAAUAUCAACACUAACACUCUUAAAGGGACAGUUCACACGAAAAUCAUCAUUCUGUUGUCAUUUACUCGUUCCAAAUAUGUAUGACUUUCUUCACAGUAGAUGAACAUGAAAUAAAUGCUUAAAAAAUAACUGAACUAUCCCGUUAAAACAGCUGUCACUCACCGCUAGAUGAGGAGAGUUACACACAGGAAGUAGAGAAACCAUUUCCUGUUUCUUCAUUGACUACAGCCAAUCAGAAUCCAAUGGAAGCUUGUUUCCGCCACUGAAAAAAAAAAAAAGGUAAUUGUGACUUUAUCUCACAGUUCUGACCUUUUUUUUUUUUUUUAGAAUUGCGUGAAAUAAACUCACAAUUGCGAGAUAUACACUGAAAAAAGUUUAUAUCUCACAAUUCUGACUUUAUAACUCACAAUUGUGAGAAAAAAAGUCAAUAAAAAGUCACAAUCUUUGAAUUUUUUUAUUCUGUGGCAGAAACAAACUUUUAUAGAUUCCUUAUUACAGCUAUUUGUAAUAAAUUAUCCCUAGUUGAUUAGUUAAUUCAGUCUGUCAGUCCACUUUCUUUACUACAGACCUACAUAAAAAUUCUAACCGUUUCAUUGUAUUUUAAUAACUAAUGUUUUGUUUAUGCAUAAAUAUUAUACUGCUGGAUGGACAUUUACGGCAAACUUGAAAACAUUCUAUUUUUAUGCACUUAAUUUGUAUCUUUAAAUUGUCUUGUGUUUUAGAAGUCAGUGUAUAAGAAUGAAAAUGUGGGUUGGAAAACCUUUUCAGAUCAACUUUUAUAAGCUAAAGUUCACGGCUGUGGCCUUGGGAAAAUGAAAUUCUGUGUUUUAGUGUCUCACACAUCAAAGACUGUCUGAUUCUCUGCUGGAACUGACUGAUCUGUGCCCGUAACUCUCAGCAGAGACAAAUGACUCUGAACUAUAAGAAAAGACUGUUUUUGCAACUUUAACACGUUAGAAAUGAUUAUAAUAGCAAAUUGAACCGAUGUUGCUGAACAGAUUGUUAGCAUCAAAUCUUUUGUAUUUCUUUUUGUACUUGGUUGCAGCCAAUAAAAGUUUAAAAGAGUGUGAA